AUGAGCGAGUCCGAGUUCGAAGCACCGCGCGGAUGCAUUCGAGAAGCUGCCCAGCCAGAGAUCCAGUCACUGGUACGAGAUCUCCAGUUUGGCGACGAGCAAGGGAAGGAAGACGCAUCGAUCCUCUGUUCUUGCUUAGCAACUCGUGGAGAAGGAGAAAGACUGCGGGAUGCUGGAGUGUUGUCACCUCUCGUUGCUCUUCUGCUGCAUGGAACAGCCAACCAGAAACUUUGGUCGGCGGAGACGUUGGGGACGAUGGCCAGCAACAACGACGACAACUGCGUGGCGAUUGCUAAAGAAGGAGCCAUCCCGCCUCUAGUGACGCUGCUGCGUUCCGGAACAGACAUGCAGAAACAGGAGGCAGCGUACGCUCUCGGGAACUUGGCAGCUGAUAACGACGAGAACCGAGCUACGAUCUCCCGAGAAGGAGCCAUCCCCCCACUCGUUGGCUUCGUGAAAGCGGUGACGGACGCUCAGAACCAAUGGGCAGUGUACGCUCUCGGAGCGCUGUCGCUGAAUAACGAGGCCAACCGCGUUGCAAUCGCCCAGGAAGGAGCCAUUCCGCCACUGGUUUCCUUGACUCAAUCGGGUUCGAGUGCUCAGAAGCAGUGGUCCGCCUACACUCUGGGCAACCUCGCGUACAACGACGACAACCGCGUCAAGAUCACGCCGGAAGGAGCCAUCCCACCUCUUGUCAACCUGUUGCAGACUGGGACGGAGGCUCAGAAGCAGUGGAGUUCGUAUGCUCUGGGAAACUUGGCGUGUGAUAACGAAGCCAUUGCUGACGCGAUCGAGCUGGACGACGCGAUUCUGCCGCUCGCGGAUCUCGUUCGAACCGGGUCCGACGCGCAGAAACAAGAGGCCGCCUACACUCUGGGCAAUUUAGCUGCGAGUAGCGACGACAACCGCCACGAGAUUGGGCGAGAUGGAGCCAUCGCACCUUUGAUCGAGCUUCUUCGAGUUGGGACCAGCGACCAGAAACAAUGGGCAGCGUAUGCGCUGGGCUGCAUCGCUCUCAACAGUGAUGCGAACCGUGCUGCGAUCGUGAACGAAGGAGAAGACUCAAGGCUCUGCGAGCACUUGGGAACGUGGUCAGAGCUGACGACAUGA